UCCUCCGAACUUCGCAAUAUGGCACGCCCGCGUAAGGAUACGAUCAACUUGGACAGUCUGAUGGACGCGUUUGCGUGGGAUGACGGUGAGAUGGCCCGGGCGACGGCGUCGUCCGGAACGACCAACUACGUGUCGGCCGAGCUCUCGGGCCCGUUGCCGGACAAGUCCAAGUCUGUGACGACCAACGUGGACCUUGGGGGCUUUGACGACGCGCUUAACUCGCUCAUGAACGGGCUCUCGGGUCUCGGCGGAGUGGUUGGCGAGGGCCUGUUCAAGCCGUGCGAGACGUGCGGGCUCAAUGUGCCCGAGGUCGACGUCAUCGACCUCGCCGGCCGCUUUUACCACCCGCAGUGCGCCCCGGUUUGCCCCAAGUGCGCCGAGCCUGUCGACCCCAAGCAGCUUGUGGAGAAGAACUCGGACGCAAUCGCCGAGAUCAACGCCAAGAUCACAAAGGAGAACAAGGCACUCAACGGCAUGAAGGCCAUGAAGGGCCUCUACCCGGACGGCUCGCGCGAGGCCAAAGACGUCGAGCGCCAGAUCCACGAGGCCGAAGGCAACGUGCGCCGCUUUGAGAAGCGGCUGGCCAAGCUCAAUGAUGUCGGGACCGGCUUUGUCUUUGUUCGCCAGCAGUUCUACCACCCGCAGUGCUUCCAGUGCGCCGUCCCCAAUUGUACCUACGAGAUGGUCUCGGACGAGUUCCUCGACCCCAAUACUGGCAAACCCAUCUGCCGCUACCACUUUUUCGACAUGCAGGGCCUCAUCUGCUCCGUCUGCGACGAGCCCAUCGACGUGCUGCUUAACCAGCAGUCUGUGGCCGUCGGCGACGCCCGCUUCCACUCGGCCUGCUUCAAGUGCACCCGCUGCCGCAAGCCCAUCAAGCAGUUCCGCAAGGGCCCGGACACCAAGAUCUACUGCAAGGAGUGCCACACCAUGGUCUUUUAGCCAGCCUUGUUGUACCUCUCCUCGCUCCGCCCCUUGCUCGCCGGCUCGACCCCCCCCCUCCCCCCCUAUCCCCCAACUCGCCUGCCUCCCCUCUCCCCGGCCUGCCUGUACAUCUCUGCACGCCCCGUCUCACCCGUCAAAGGUACACCCGCAA